UCAAUAUUACGUAAUGUCCUAACUAGCCUCUAAAUCAUUGUAAUCAAUUUACUUAAAGAUUCUCCCAAAUUUCUUUAAGAGGCUUGAUUGAAAAUUAAUUUCUUCUCUAAAGCAAUUGUACUUUUUAAAACUAAUUUUUAAUGUAAUGUACUAUUGUACUUUUUAUACUUUGUGGAUAUUUUUUUAAUAAUUUUAGAAGAAUGCAUAAAUUAUAAGAUUUUAUCUAUGUCACGUGAAUGCCACUGCGCAUGCGAUUAACAUAUGUUUUUCUUUUGAAAAUUGCUGUUCUGGCUGUAUUUAUGCAUUAUUAGGCAUAAUUGUGCAUGACUUAGUGCUAAGAAAGGUGGAACGACGACAAUAAUAAUAGGGGAGGAGGGGAAAAAAAAAAAAAAGAGGAGAAUCAAAUAAUGCGCGGGGGUCCGAGAUCGAUUUGGGGGUGGGGGGUGGCGCACCGGUCGCUGCUCAGCGCGACGGUGCGAAAAGGGAGCUACACCCCCGCUCCCACUUCAUAAAGUGGUCCACACUGGAGUGCAGGCCGGCAGUGCUCUCCAACACCGAACCCUCGUUGAAUCACUUCGAACGCUCCCACCUGACGACGCAUUCGAACAUAAUACCCGAAUUUUUGUUUACUGUCCAAAAGUUGAUAAACUGUUAUCUUGAAGUCGACGAUAUUAUCUAAAAUCCUUCCCGGAGUAAAUUAAUUUUUUUAUAAUUUCCUUUUAUUCGGAUUUCUUUUAAACACAAAUUUAACAACUUGUGGAUUAGCCUUGACAAUUUUGUGUUGAUAUUUUAUUUUCUCACUCAUCCUGCCUGCGGUACACUAGUGAAAAUAAUCAAUCAAGAUCUAUCUGUUUUUAGUCAUUUCAGUAAUAUUGGCUUGCUAAUGGAGAUACUAUAUUCUUUUCGUUUCCUACUCGGAAACGUCCAGUUUCUGGAAACUUCUUUCUCAUUUCAAAAUGCGUUUUAAUAUGAAGCACAAUACUUUUGUUUAUAAUGUGAGUCUAAAAAUUCGUGAGAUUUGAUUGCUGUUUCAUUAAAUAAAAGAGUUUCAUCGUGAACAUUAACUGUUCAAAACAAUAUUUUAAAAGAAAUCCUUUAGUUAAGGAUAAACUUAUUGCUACGUCCUGCAAAAGCGAAAAAUAUUUUGAUCUCUGACUUUAUAUUUAAUGUGAAUAGACCCUCAGGAAAUACAUUCAAACAGAAGUAAGAGAAUACACCUUGAAUUAAACAGUAUGUAUCCAAUCACUGAAAACUGACAACCGGUAACAAUUUUCAAUGAACAUUCCUGUUUGUGCUUCGACUAGUCAGUAACUUCUUUAAAAGUCAGAACUGCAUUUUUAGAUUUUGACAGUGCUAUUAACACACCAACAAAUGGCUGUCAUGCUUUGCAUUUUCUGCUUUUUUGUUUUCGGUCUCCACUUGACAAAUACUAUAAGUUACCAUGGAAUGUUCGCGGCUCAGCAGAAUCCCCCACCGGAUCCUUGCUAUGAAGAAAUGCACGAACCUAGACGCUGCAUACCAGAUUUCGUCAAUGCUGCUUUCGGCAAGGAAGUCAAGGCUUCCAGCGAAUGCGGUACUCCAGCAAACAGGUACUGCACGACGGCCACCGAUGACAAGGGAGAGAUAGUUCGCAACUGCCAAAUCUGCGACGCUGGUAAUCCGAAGCGCGCCCACCCGACUGCAUAUCUCACCGAUCUGAACAACCCCAACAACGUCACCUGUUGGAUGUCCGAGCCAUUUUCACAGUCUUUGCACAAUGUGUCCCUCACGUUGUCUCUUGGUAAAAAAUAUGAGCUCACCUAUAUUAGUCUCCAGUUUUGCAACCAGAAACCGGAUUCUCUUGCACUCUACAAGAGCAUGGACUAUGGUAAGACUUGGCAUCCUUUCCAAUUCUAUUCCAGCCAGUGUCGGAAAAUGUAUGGCCGGCAAAACCGAGCCGUUAUCACCAAAGCGAAUGAACAGGAAGCCUUGUGUACUGACGCUCAGUCGAAUGUAGAACCUAUAACUGGAGCCAGAAUAGCAUUUAGUACACUGGAAGGCAGGCCAUCAGCCUAUGACUUCGACAACAGCCCAGUGCUUCAAGAUUGGGUGACUGCCACGGACAUUAAAGUGGUCUUCAACAGGUUGGUUGGUUGGAUGGCGGAGUUAGGGAAUGAGAAUGAUUCACUGAGCCAAAGAGACACCUACUUUUAUGCCGUGUCGGACUUUGCCGUUGGUGGACGUUGCAAGUGUAAUGGACAUGCUUCUAGAUGCAUCCAUAACAGAGAAGGACUGUUGGUGUGCGACUGCAAGCACAAUACGGCUGGAAGAGAUUGCGAGAAAUGCAAACCUUUCCAUUUUGACAGACCAUGGGGUAGAGCGACCGCACAUGAAGCUCAUGAAUGUGUUGGUCAAAUUUGAAAUUAAUUUUUGAUUUCCUCCUACCGAGCCGAUAUUCUUGAGAUCUUGGACAAUUAUCUCUUUGCAAUUUGGACAAAUCUCAAUAUAUUGUAUCAACACAUAGCAAUAAAUAGUUUUAUUAAUCCAAUA